AUGUCAUCUGCUGGUUUAGUGGCCUCGGAGGUGGCCUUUGACCCUGCGCAGCCCCCAGUCAUUGAAGGUUUCACCCCUAGUAUGCACCGUUUGCAGGAUGAGACCGUCAGGGCCAAAUUUAUACACAAGGUCCGCAAGAACCCGGUGGUGCCCAUAAGUUGUCUGGCCACAGCUGGAGCUCUGUCUUAUGGACUCUACUGCUUUCAUUGGGGUAAUAGCCAGACAGUGAUGACCAUUCUGUGGGGCUUGGCAGUCUCAGCCAUGCAAUCACCAAGGCUUCACUGA